CCCAAAUUUUCACCCCUUUUCCCCCGCCAUUUAUUUUGUCCCUCUUUCUUCCCAAAUCUUAGGGCUCAAUCCUCUCCUGUUUCCAAUGAAACCCUAAUUAUUUUCAAUUUUACCCUCGGAUUCCUUCUAAUAUUACUAAGAAGCCACUCUAUUCAUGCCCUCUCUUUGCAGCAAAUCCCUCACCUGCGGUAUAACGGAUCCAUGAGCAAUCCAAGCACCUCGUACUGGGUUCCGGAGCAUCCCGGGGAAAGGUUGAUGGACACGGCCAACUGCGGCAUCGGCUUGACCAACACAAUCCAUUCUGAGGUGGCGCAGUGCUUGCCGCUUCCUUCCUUGCCCGUUUUCUGUGGUACUUCGGAUCUGGAGCUCCGACUGUUUGACGACCCAGCUGCUGGAGCUGUCAGGUCUUUGAAUCGACCGGAAAUAAUCGCUCAAGCUAGUCGAAUUGCUGAUCUGCUUCGCGAAACGGACGUCUCGUAUCUGAAUCUUAGGGAUGGGGCAACUUCAGUUACACGUGACGGCUUGGAGCCCUUGAAACUUUAUGCACAAGUUCUCCAAUACAAUCCUGCAGCAUUUGAGUAUGUUAUCCCUGGUCUUGUCAAGGAGAAACUCUCUGGUGGUGCUGUGUUUGAUAGGAAGCCAUCUCAGUCGAGUGUUCCUCUUAUUGGGCAAUUCCAGAGAGAAAUUAGCAGCACUCACAAUCAGCAGACUGAUGUUGUUGCCAAUGAUGCACCGAAAUCAUCUUCCAAGAAGUCAAAAACCAAGAAAAAGGAUGACGACAUUGGGUCAUCAGUUCUACCAGAUUCUACAGAGCUUCAAGAUGCCAUGAUUGGGAGCUUCUGUGAGAUGCUGGAGGACUUCUGCAGCAGAGCUCAAAUUCAUAGUGAUGAUAGGGAUGAGAUGGAGUGGUUAUCAUUGCCGGUUAAUGAUGUUAGAAUGCUUGUUAAUGAAAUCAUGUCAAUGCAUGCAAAGAGACUUCUACAUUUGGUUCCUGUAUAUAUUCUUGUGAAACUGUUACGGAUUCUAGAUCAUCAGAUACAUCGAGCGGAAGGUUUGUCUGUUGAUGAAUGCGGGCAUCAAGAUUCAGAUGUAUUCUCGUUAGUCUUCUGUGCCCUGGAAUCCAUUCAUGCUUCUUUGGCAGUAAUGGCACAUAAUGACAUGCCAAAACAAUUAUAUGAUGAAGAGAUUAUUGAAAGGAUUAUUGAGUUCUCUAGGCGCCAGAUAACGGAUGUUAUGUUGGCUUAUGAUCCAUCGUAUCGUGCCUUGCAUAAACCAAGUGAAAAUGGAGCAGUUGAAGAUGAUGACGAUGAAGAGCCUGAUGCUGAACUAGGUUCUGCUAGCAAGAAAAGACGCAGUACCAAGAGUGCUAAAACAAAAAAAUCAGCUUUUAACAAGAUCUCUGGUGCUAUGCAUGCUAUACUACAGAAGCUCUGCACUAUUCUUGGUUUACUAAAAGACUUGUUGUUGACUGAGAAGUUAUCUGAUAGUUGUGUUCUACAACUGCUAAAGACAAGCUUUACUACUUUUUUGGUGGACAACAUACAGCUCUUGCAACUCAAAGCAAUUGGUUUGAUAACUGGGAUAUUCUACUCAUAUGUCCCACACAGAACAUAUAUAAUAGAUGAAAUGACUCAGCUUCUAUGGAAGUUGCCUGUUUCAAAGCGAGCAUUAAGAGCAUAUCACCUACCUGAUGAAGAACAGAGGCAGAUCCAGAUGGUUACAGCUUUGCUAAUUCAGUUGGUUCAUAGCAGUGCUAACCUUCCGGAAGCUUUAAGGCAAACAUCAUUUGGGAGUCCCCUCUUGGAAAUCUCAGUUGAUGCUAGUUACUUAACCAAAUGCCAUGAAUCUGUCCAGGAAACAUGUUGUCAUUUCUGGACCCGUGUCCUUCAACGUCUUGCUUCUGUAAAGACUCAAGAUGCCUCUGAGUUGAAAGUGAUGAUUGAGAAUCUAGUCACUGAUUUGCUGACGACAUUGAACCUACCUGAAUAUCCUGCUGCUGCUCCUAUUUUGGAGGUUCUUUGUGUUUUACUGCUCCAAAAUGCUGGUCUGAAAUCUAAGGAUACCUCUGCACGUGUAAUGGCAAUUGAUCUUCUUGGCACAAUAGCGACAAGGUUGAAGCAUGACGCUCUCAUCAUUAGGAAGGAAAAGUUUUGGAUAUCGGAAGAAUUGCUAAGUGGGGAUAGUAUCGAUCAUAGUUGCCCCAAAGGUGUAUGUUCCAUUUGUUUGGAUCGAAAGGUGGAGAAAGUGUUGUAUAGGUGUCAAGGUUGUCAAAGAUUUUUCCAUGCUGAUUGUAUGGGUGUAAGUGAACAAGAAGUUCCUAAUCAUAGUUGGUAUUGCCAAUUUUGUAUGUGUAAGAAGCAACUUCUUGUAUUGCAAUCAUACUGUGAGUCACAGUACAAGGAUGAUGAGAAAUCGAAACUUGGUCACUCGGAUAAAUCUUCUGAUCGAAUUAUGAAAGCUGAAAUUGUUCAGCAGAUGCUUUUGAAUCAUCUUCAAGACGCCGCUUCUGCUGACGAUGUCCAUCUUUUUGUCCGAUGGUGUUAUCUUUGCUUAUGGUAUAAAGAUGGUUCUAAAUCUCAACAAAAUUUCAAGUACUACGUUGCUAAAUUGAGAUCAAAAGCAAUAGUGCGUGACUCAGGGACAGUUUCUUCAAUUUUUUUACGGGAUUCGGUCAAGAAGAUUGCUUUAGCAUUGGGACAAAAUAAUUCUUUCUCUAGAGGAUUUGACAAGAUUCUUUACUUGCUUCUGGUUAGCUUAAGAGAGAACUCUCCUGUAAUUAGGGCCAAGGCUUUACGAGCAGUUAGUAAUGUUGUAGAAGUUGAUCCAGAAGUAUUAGGCGACAAACGUGUUCAAGUGGCUGUUGAGGGGAGGUUUUGCGACUCUGCAAUAUCUGUCAGGGAAGCCGCAUUGGAACUAGUUGGAAGACACAUUGCUUCACAUCCAGAUGUUAGUUUUAAGUACUUCGAGAAGGUGGCAGAGAGGAUUAAAGAUACUGGAGUCAGCGUACGGAAACGAGCAAUCAAAAUUAUUCGAGAUAUGUGCAUUACAAAUCCCAACUUCUCAGGGUUUACAAGUGCUUGCAUAGAGAUUAUUUCUCGUGUUAGUGAUGAUGAAUCAAGUAUACAGGAGCUUGUUUGUAAGACAUUUUACGAGUUCUGGUUUGAAGAACCUUCAGGGGUGCAGACUCAGUAUCCCAGAGAUGGUAGUUCCAUUCCUUUGGAGGUGGCUAAGAAGACUGAGCAGAUUGUUGAAAUGUUAAGGCACUUGCCCAAUCAUCAGUUUCUUGUUACUGUCAUUAAGCGUAACUUGGCCCUUGAUUUUCUCUCUCAAUCAGCAAAAGCUGCUGGAAUCAACCCUGUCUCGCUUGCUGCAGUACGCAGACGAUGUGAAGUGAUGUGCAAGUGCUUAUUGGAAAGAAUAUUGCAGACUGAAGAAACGAGUAACGUGGAAGCAGAAGUUCCUUCACUUCCCUACGUGACUGCCUUGCAUGCAUUUUGUGUUGUGGACCCAUUACUUUGCAUGCCAGCUUCAGAUCCUUCUCAGUUUGUGAUCACAUUGCAGCCUUACCUUAAGAAUCAGGUUGAUAACAGAGUUGGUGCAAAGCUACUGGAGAGUAUAAUCUUUAUAAUUGACGCUGUUGUGCCUUUGAUGCGGAAGUUACCUCCUAGUGUUGGUGAUGAACUUAAACAAGACUUGAAGCAAAUGAUCGUCCGGCAUUCUUUUUUGACUGUUGUCCAUGCUUGCAUCAAGUGUCUUUGUUCUGUGAGUACAAAGGCAGGGAAUGGUGGUGAUAUUGUCGAGUAUCUCAUUCAGUUAUUUUUCAAAUUAUUGGAUUCCCAAGCAACUGAUAACAAGCAGCAAGUGGGGCGCUCUCUCUUCUGUCUCGGAUUGCUUAUCCGCUAUGGAAACCCUUUGUUUAAAAAUGUUGAUGUUGGUAGCAGUAUUAGUUUGUUUAAAAGAUAUCUUCAAAUGGAUGAUUUUAGUAUAAAGGUUAGAUCUUUGCAGGCAUUAGGUUUCGCUCUAAUUGCUAGGCCUGAAUAUAUGUUGGAAAAGGACAUUGGAAAGAUUGUAGAUGCUGCAUUAGCAGCGAGUUCUAAUGUUCGUCUUAAGAUGCAAGUGUUGCAAAAUUUGUUGGAAUAUCUUCUUGAUGCGGAAAGUCAAAUGGGAACAGAUAAGGUCAGUAAUGAUCAAGUCCAUUCUGUAGAAGGUGGCCACAGUGUCCCUGUAGCUGCGGGUGCUGGUGAUACUAACAUUUGUGGGGGUAUAGUCCAGCUUUACUGGGAUAAUAUUCUAGGGAGAUGCCUGGACUUUAAUGAAGAAGUUCGCCAAUCUGCCCUAAAGAUAGUGGAAAUAGUUCUCCGACAAGGUCUUGUUCAUCCUAUAACUUGUGUCCCAUACCUUAUAGCACUUGAAACGGAUCCUCUGGAGGUCAACCAAAAGUUGGCUCAUCAUUUGCUGAUGAAUAUGAAUGAGAAAUAUCCCGCCUUUUUUGAAAGCCGUUUAGGGGAUGGGCUUCAGUUGUCAUUCAUCUUCAUGCGUUCCAUCAGUGACAAUGCACCUGAAAAUCAAAACGACAAAUCUCAAUCAAAGCAUCCUGGAAAUUCGAAAGGGAAAUCCGAUGCUGCUGGGUCUUUAACACAAGCAAGGCUGGGAGUUUCCAGAAUUUACAAGCUCAUUCGUGGAAACCGGGUUGCUAGGAACAAAUUUAUGUCCUCAAUUGUGCGGAAAUUCGAUAAUCCUAGCUGGAACGAUUCUGUUAUACCUUUCUUGAUGUACUGUACAGAAACCCUUGCUUUGUUACCAUUUUCAUCUCCUGAUGAACCGCUUUAUUUGAUCUACACUAUAAAUCGAGUGAUACAAGUCAGAGCUGGGGCACUUGAGGCAAAUUUGAAAGCGUUGAGUUCGAAUUUGCUGCAUUCAGAUGCUCAGAUGAUGACUAAUAAUAUCGGGAUGGCUCAGCCGGAUCCUAGUCAAGCUGUUUAUAAUCAAAUGGCUCCGCUAGAUUUGAAUGGAACAUUUCAGGAGGAGCCAGUGGUUCAGCCUGCUUUCUUUCACAUGACAUCCAUUGAUUUCAAUGGUACAUUCCAACAAAACUUCACUCAUCAGUCUCUUUCAAAUUUUCCUCCUACAUUGCAGACAACAAUGCAUAAGAUGACCCCUUCCGAAACUCGUGCUCUCUCCAAAGAUGAAAUGCAAAAUAUCCAGGCCGAUAUCCUUGCCGCCACUGCAGUACAGCUUCUUAUGAAGCUGAAACGACACCUAAAGAUUGUUUACAGCCUGAAUGAUCAAAGAUGCCAGAUGUUUUCUCCAACCGAACCUAUAAAACCGGGGGAGGCGCUCACGAGGCAGAACAUUCCCUUCGACAUCGGUGAAACACGCACGACUUUGCCUUCCACGAAUCAAGAGUUGGUACAGAGAUAUCAGGAAUACAAAAACGCUCUGAGGGAAGAUGCCAUCGAUUACUCGACUUUCACAGCGAACAUCAAAAGGAAGCGCCCCCCAGCUCCGAGGAGAGGAGGAAAAGCCACACGUACAACCGGUGGGGAUGAAGAUGAUUUCGACGACGAUGAAUAUACAGGUGGCAGUGUCCCUCGAAGGAUGAGUAACAGUGGACGGAAAAGUUACAACGUAAGAAGCAGCAGUCGGCAGCGAUUAUAGAUGUAAAUAUUAACGACAGGUACGCUAACAUGUACAUUACAUUGAAGGAAAAUAAUUGAAAUAGUAGGUUAGGUUAAAUUCGAGAAAAAGGGAAGCGGAGAUCGGAAACGGAAUCACUCGCCCUCGUUAGGGAGGAUUGCCCUUCUACUUUUAGAUGUUUCCAUUUUGUAGUAUUUUUGAUUCAUUUCACUUCCAUAUUUUAGAUUGAAUGUUUGCCAUUGCCGCCUUGACAUAUAUAUGUAUAUACACCGAGUUCA